AUGGGAAACUCUCAGACAAAGGAGGCGCGCUCUCCUCUGUCGGCGUCGAACAGAAAUCGCUCACUAUCCGACCAGAGCCGCUCCCCGUAUCACGCUUCUCGAUCACACCGCUCUAGUCGACAUGAUCUUUCCUUUCUCGGCAUUGGGAGUGGAUCAGGCGAUCGAGAGAACAUUGUUCACGAAACACGACGAGAAACAAAACAAGAUCGAGAGGCACGGCGCCAGGAAAAGGAACGAGCAGUGCGGCUGAAGGAAAGGGAGCGGAGUAUGAAGGAGGAGCAUGUCGAUGGCGGGUAUUUGGUCACUCAAGGUGUCUACGUUGGGACGGAAGACUUCAAUAAGGAUGUCGUUCGUCAGCUUAUGAUUGAGAGACGUCUAGCACCAUUCUGGCGUGGGCUGAAUGAUUUCUCAGAGUCAUGGACUGAACAUCAAUUGAUGGCUGCAGCCCGAGGUCUUCCUAUUCCUCCACCCGAUGAGAUACCGCCCGAGUUGCAACUCACACCACCCGCAGAAAACACAGAUAGUGGCCCGUCUACAGGCAGGGGCGCACAGUUUCUGGCAGUUCCAUCAUCAGCUGGACGACCACUAUCUUCACAUUCAGAGACUUCAAGCCUUCCAACACUGAGUCCUGCACAGUCUCUUCCAUCACCUACAUCACCAAUCGCAUCUGGCACAUCUACUUCGCCACUUUUUCGAAGUCGCGCAAAGACUUUGGCUGCUUUGACAGGCAGCAAGAAUAACCAACCUGUAGAGGUCGGUCCUCGUGAGAUUAUGCUAACCCAUGACCCAUUUGUGAAUGGUCAGCCUCUGGAAGCUCAUCUCUACAAAGAUGCUAGCGAAUGCCCGAUUUGCUUCCUUUACUAUCCGCCAUAUCUCAAUCGUACCAGAUGCUGCGAUCAACCAAUCUGCUCAGAAUGUUUUGUACAGAUCAAGCGACCAGACCCGCAUCCUCCGGAACAUGGUGAGCCACAAAAUCAGAACGCCAGCGCCGAAAAUGGGUCGAGCGAAGAGCGCAGCGGUUCGGAUCAAGAGAGUCAGCUUGUGUCUGAACCCUCUGCGUGUCCCUUUUGUGUACAGCCUGAAUUCGGAGUCACCUACGCUCCUCCCCCAUUUCGUCGUGGUUUAGCUUAUGCGGGCUCGAAUGGUCUCGCAGCGGCUUCAGCUACUUCUCCUUUAUCAUCCAGCUCUUCUCUUGGUUCGAUGGCUUCACCGCCACUCACAGGACGUCGCAGAGCAACAUCCCUCUCUGCCAGCGACCCGACUGUCAUUACAACUGACAAAGUCCGACCCGAUUGGGCGACAAAAUUAGCCAAUGCAAGAGCACAUGCAGCUCGUCGAUCGGCAGCUGCUACUGCUCUCCACACUGCCGCAUAUUUGAUGAAUGCGCCGGGCUCAGAGUCACGAAGCUUUGGACGCCGUGGGGUUUUAGGACGAGCUCGAGGCACUAGCUCCGGCACUCAGACCCCGUCAACUCGACCUACCGGAUCGCCCGCCCUUCAUGCACUCGCAUUCCUUUCAGAACGGCGAGCCGUUGCCGGUGAACAGCCGUCAAAUCCAACAGUCGCUACCGUAAAUACCGAAGGCGGUGCAUUGGCACCCCCAAGGGAUAGCUCGAGACGCAGUCGGAUCGACGACUUGGAAGAGAUGAUGAUGAUGGAAGCAAUUAGAAUGAGUCUAGCGAGUGAAGAGGAACGGAGGCGAAAGGAAGAGAAGGAGAUACGCAAAGAAGCCAAGAAGAGAGAAAAAGAAGCAAAGAAAGCGGAGAAGAGCAUGCGGAAAAAUGCUGCUUAUAGCAACAGCCAGGCAAGCCUAGCACUUCGAAGCAGUGGGACCUCGAGUCGUGUGGACAGUAGCUCUUCAUCGAUAAUGGGGGAGGAUGGGCCAAACUCGGAUAAGGGAAAGAAAGUUGACCGGUCAGCUUCAGCCCCUGCAGUGACUGCAUCGAAUGAUCUAGAGUCAGGAGAUACUAGUGCGACGACGGCGACAUCUACCAGACAGCUUCUCAGUCGCAAUGACUCAGACUCCUUCACGCAACCCUCGCCUACUGAACCAUCACGGCCGUCGCAUUUACGCCAUAUGUCUACCGCUUCAUCGACAUCAUCCUCAUUUGAAACGGGGACAGCCGAAAAUCCGGAUACAGGUGCAGGUUCAUCCAACCCGGCCCUUGAACCAUUAUUCAACUUUCGAAGUCUCGCAGCUGUGAUUGGUGAUGAGGAAAAGUCCAAUGGCGUUGCAGAGCAUGCGGAACACGUCGAAGACGCUGCCCAACAGCAGUCGUCUACAAUGAGUAUUCCCACAAUCUCGAAAACACCUCCAAUUGAGGAUACUACUCAUCAGAAUAAUGCACCGCUGGCCGAUAUCCAGUCAUCUCUCCCUUCGCAAGAUUCUGUUCAUAGCAUCGCCCCCAAAGAACUCAACGCUCACUCAGUGGAAGUCUCGCGAGAGACGACCGUCUGA